UGCUUUAAAAGAGAUAUUAGCCAUGGUUCUAAUGUUGCGGUCAUCACUUGUGAUCUUACUGGUCAGCCUGGUCAGUGUAUCUUACCAGUCAGGACUUCGAGGCAUGUUUCCUAAAAGUUACCCUCCCAUGAAAAGAAAUGGGGUUGACCCUGGGCAACCACUUUUUCUCUCUCCUUAUUUGGAACGUGGUGAAGCAAACAAAGCCCAGAAUUUAAGCAUCGUUGGACCACUUGAAGGCACCAAUCUGAAAAGCUAUUCUGGAUUUAUCACUGUGAAUAGAACAACAACCAGCAACAUAUUCUUCUGGUUCUUCCCUGCCCAGGAGGACCCCUUAAAUGCCCCUGUGGUGAUGUGGUUACAAGGAGGACCAGGUGGCUCAUCCCUUUUCGGCCUGUUUGUGGAAAAUGGACCCCUCAUGGUCAACCAAAACCUCAAAUUGAUGGAGAGGAACAUAACUUGGAACAAGAAGUACUCCAUGUUGUAUGUGGACAAUCCAGUAGGAACAGGUUUUAGUUUUACGAGCUCAGAUGCUGGUUACGCCAAAAAUGAAUGGGAUGUUGCUACCGACUUGUACAGUUUUCUGCUGCAGUUUUUCAAGGUUUACUAUCAGUAUCAGAAGAAUGACUUUUAUGCUACAGGAGAGUCUUAUGCUGGUAAAUAUGUUCCUGCUAUUUCCUAUAAAAUACACAUAUCAAACCCUACAGCAAACCUCCGGAUCAACUUUAAGGGAAUGGCUAUUGGUGAUGGUUUAUGUGAUCCAGAAUCGAUGAUGAAUCAGUACGCAGACUUCAUGUUCAAUAUUGGUAUGUUAGACGAGAAACAGAGAGACUACUUCGCAGGAGAAACUGAGAAAGCUGUAGAGAUGAUCAAGAAUAGACAGUUCAGGGAAGCAUUUCAGAUAUUUGACUUAUUGUUAAAUGGAGACCUGACACCAUACAAACCCUACUUUUACAAUGUAACACAGACAAACAACUACUAUAAUUUCCUGUUGACUGAGGAGCCAGCAGACUUUAAUUAUUAUGGAGAUUUCCUGGCCAAACCAGAGGUGCGAAAGGCGAUACAUGUUGGUAACCUGACCUACAAUGAUGGAAAAGCAGUCGAGAUGCACCUAAUCAAUGAUGUGAUGGACACGGUCAAAUAUUGGGUGGAAGUUAUCUUAAAAAAUAACUACAAGGUGAUGUUCUAUAAUGGACAGUUGGAUAUCAUUGUUGCUGUUCCACUGACUGAAGCCUUCCUCAUGAGCACUGAUUGGCCUGGACAGCAGAAAUACAAAGAGGAAGAACGCCUGAUCUGGAAAGUGAAUCCUUCAGACCAGGAGGUGGCGGGAUACGUCAGAGUCGUGGAGAACUUACAACAGGUGAUUGUGCGUGACGCAGGUCACAUUCUCCCAUACGAUCAACCAGAAAGAGGCUUCGAUUUGAUUCAGAGGUUUAUUGAGAACAAACCCUUCCACUAGUGGCUGACUGCUGGAUGUUUGAGCUAUAGACACAAGACUCAGGGACAGUCAUGAUAUUAUAUUGUAAAUAGAAAAAAA